GAACAACGCGGCGCGCUUGCGUCUCUGCCUCUGUCCAUUGCACUGCAUCGCACGGCUGUCCGGUGUUUCGUCUCUCGUGCAGCGAAGCGAUCUUCCAAUCUUCCAAUUGUGGUGACUUCAAAAGUGUAUCAGCAAUUGCAUUUGGAACUUGAAGAACAAAUCGUCGCGAAAAUGCAUUGCAGUUGGAAUUGUAACUGGAGCUGGACUCAGGUCUGGAUGUCGGUCCUGAUGCUGGCGCUGGUCGUGGAGGUACGGUCCGAGGAGUGCGGCCAGGAGGAGUUCACCAAGUGCGCCGAACCCCUCGAAAUGCUGCACUUAACGUCAGAGUUAUCGAUUGGCCCCGCCAAGAAGGAGGAACUGGACAAACUUUGCCACGAGCUACGCAAAGGAGUGCGGUGCAUCCAGAGUUACACGCGACGCUGCAUGGAUCUGCAGCAGAGGAACCAGUUCAACAAGCUGUACCACGGCACCAACCAGUUUAUCCGCGAUCUGUGCAACAAGGGAGAGUUCCAGGAGGAGUACCUAAAGCAUGUGCCCUGCUCGGAGAUGGCCAAGAAGGAGUUCGAGGUGUGCGCCACUCGCUAUAAGGAAUCAAUGGUCUUUCUGAAGCCCAACAAGAAUCAGGAGAAUCCAGAAAACGGCACUCUCAACGAGAACAUCAAAACCAUUUGCUGCUCCAUCAAUGAGCUCGUGGACUGCUCGGAGAUGGCGGCCCGAAGAAUCUGUGGCAAUGAGGCGGCCAAGUUUACGCGGGAGCUGGUCGAUAAAUAUGCCAACAGUUUGACUAAGACCUAUUGCGAGGACUUUACCCAUAAUCCGGGCAUCUGUCGCGACGAAGCGCGCAAUGGUGCCCCUGGGGUCCUACAGCAGACCAGUCUGGUCCUUCUAAUGACAAUGACGUUGGUGCCCCUGCUGGUCAGCAGCAGCCGAAGCAACAGAUAAAUACUUGGCCACAACUACAGUUAAGUUCAAAAUUCUAGAACCAGUUUACACACACAGGAAAAACAGCAAAAGGAGUGCUAAAUAGUUAAGGUUUCCCCCCAAGCACACGCACACGCACCCACUACCACUACCGCAAUCACUACUUUCCCACACUUUGUCAAUCGUGCAAUAUAUAGAGUUGAGUUUCGUUGAGUUUGUUUAAGUCUUUAAGUGUUGGAAAUAAUUGAGGUUCUAAGUUAGUAAGUUCCUAAAAAAUUCCCCACUCUUCCAUACACACUCCCCUGCAAACGCAAAGAAUGUAGUUAUUCUCCCCCCACGGAAUCCAGCAAAAAAAUGUGCAUUUCUUAGAAUGAAAAUUCUACUAUUUUGUAGAUUCUUGAUAGACCUCACUAGUGGUUAGCGAUUAUUCAUUUCACACACUGUAAACACCUUCAGGCGUACUCAAAAUUGAUAAAGUUAUUGAUAAAAGCAUAUGGAAAUACCUACAAUAUAAAUAAAUAAAUAUUAGUUUCACUUAAACACAUAUGUACAUACACACUUAAGCACUCAAACGCCCACACCCACAAGCUGUGAAUAUAUACAUAUAUUAU